UUUCGCAACGUAAAGGUGAUGUCAGAUCCAGGAAGGGUCUUGACGCCAAAAAUGAAUCAUUUUAGCAACAGAUAACCCUUAUUUCGACGAUCUGAACGAUUGAGUCGAAUCAUAAGUUACUACAGUGCCAUAAUAAAUUGAUCCUUUCAAAGGAGAAGCAAAUAAUGAUAACGCGAGCAUUCUAUGGUCAUGGUCGCCUAUGUGCCACGCGACCAUGGGAAGUCAUCGUUGGAACGAUCACGGUCACCAUCUGCCUCAUGUCCAUGAGUGUCUUCACUGGACUCAACAAAGUCUGCGGAUGGAACUAUGUCUGUGCAAUGUCAGAUUUGGAUGUAAAAAGUUCCGAUGUCAUCAUAUUGGCAUUAACAAAAUGUUUAGCUGUUGUUUAUAUAUAUCUACAGUUCACUAAAUUAAGAAAAUUAGGAUCAAAAUAUCUUUUAGGCAUCGCUGGUCUCUUCACCAUAUUUUCAAGUUUUGUGUUCAGCACAGUGGUGGUCAAUCUAAUUGGCAAUGAUCUCACAGGCCUCAAUGAGGCACUACCAUUCUUCUUGCUUCUUAUUGACCUCUCCAGAGCAAGUGCUCUUGCCAGAUUUGCUCUCAGCUCAACAUCUCAGUAUGAAGUCCAAGAAAAUAUUGGUAAGGGUAUGGCCAUGUUGGGACCCACAAUCACACUGGAUGCGAUUGUAGAGACGCUAGUCAUUGGAGUUGGAACUCUCUCAGGUGUACCAAAGAUGGAGUCCAUGUGUUGCUUUGGCUGUCUUUCUGUCAUUGCCAACUACCUAGCCUUCAUGACAUUCUUCCCAGCAGCUCUCGCUCUGGUGCUUGAAGUCACACGUGAGAAGAACGAGGGUCAACCUGUCUGGCAACUCAACAUGUCACAGUCAAUCACGAAAGUGUUACAAGAGGAUGAUGAGCUUAAACCCAAUCCUGUCACACAAAGAGUGAAAAUAAUUAUGUCUGCCGGUCUAGUCCUAGUUCAUGCCCACAGUCGUCUCUUGGCCUCAACUCUUGAGGAAGUCCGUGAAAAAGAAGAAGCAUUUGAUAUCAGUCGCACGACACUGCCUCGACAGAUCACACCCGACGUGUCACUCUGGCAAUUCUAUAUGACCAAACUCCUAACUUUCACCACUGAUAGUUGGCUGACCUUCGGCCUUGCCGCUGCCCUCUGUCUGAAGUAUAUCUUCCUUGACACCGACCCUGAAGCCGAAGCGCCAAAGAUCGACUCCAGCAGCCAGACGGUCCUCACCGACAGUUGUGAUGGUCGCAAUGAAGCAGGUGAUGCUGCAAUGAUGCCAGAGGCUGAGACUGAAUCAGAAUUGGUUCCUGUGGGGCAUAAUGCAUCAUUCAUCAUCGGUGACUAUAGUGAUGAGGACUCUGACAGCGUCGAGAUGGAGAACAAGGAUACACAAACUGACGAUUACGACCUGGAGGUAGCGCAGAAUAUGGUGGAGGCGGCCAAGAGGCCUCCGAGGAGUCUUGAGGAGUGUGUGAGAAUUCUCAAGGAAGCUGACGAUUUGUCCGAGCUUUCUGACCAAGAAGUCCUGAUGCUGGUGAAGAGUAAACACAUUCCGUCGUACAAGUUAGAAGCGACCCUCCAGCAUCACGAGCGUGGUGUGGCAGUCAGGAGAAAACUAGUCAGUGAGGACCUCGAGAACGCAGACGCCAUGAGGAAUCUACCGUACAGGAACUACGAUUACAAAUAUGUUGAAGGAGCCUGCUGUGAAAAUGUCAUUGGGUACAUGCCAGUCCCAGUUGGAGUUGCUGGUCCCCUCCUUUUAGAUGGACACAAGUAUACUGUUCCCAUGGCAACGACUGAGGGAUGCCUCAUUGCCAGCACAAACAGAGGCUGCAGAGCUCUUGCUGUUAGUGGUGGAGUAAAGAGUUCUGUCAUUGGAGAUGGGAUGUCCAGAGCUCCAGUUGUCAGACUGCCAAGUGCUAAGAUGGCCAGUGAGGUCAAGAUAUGGAUUGACGACCAUGACAACUUUGCUUUGAUAAAAGAGAGCUUUGAUUCCACAAGUCGCUUUGCCCGUCUGAAGCGAUGUCAAGUUGGCCAAGCCGGACGAUUAUUAUAUAUUCGAUUCGUUGCCAAGACUGGAGAUGCUAUGGGCAUGAACAUGUUAUCAAAAGGUGCUGAGAAGGCUCUUCUGAAACUACAAGAAACCUUUCCUGACAUGGAGAUUCUGAGUUUGAGUGGGAACUACUGUAUUGAUAAGAAGCCAUCUGCUAUCAACUGGAUUGAAGGCCGAGGCAAGUCAGUCGUUGUUGAAGGGGUCAUAUCUGCUGCUAUUGUCAAAUCUGUCUUAAAGACAUCCGUCCAUGCACUUGUUGACCUAAACAUCAGCAAGAAUCUGAUUGGUUCAGCCAUGGCGGGCAGCAUUGGUGGGUUCAAUGCUCAUGCCGCUAAUAUCGUCACUGCCAUCUACAUAGCAACAGGACAGGACCCUGCUCAGAACGUAGCUAGCUCAUCCUGUAUGACAUUAAUGGAGGCCACAGGUCAUGACAAUGAAGAUUUGUUCAUCAGUUGCACCAUGCCAUCAUUGGAGCUUGGAACAGUUGGUGGUGGUACCAUUUUACCCCCUCAGUCAGCUUGCCUUGAGAUGCUUGGUGUGCGUGGGGCUCACCCGGACAAUCCAGGGCAAAAUGCCACUCAGCUGGCUAAAAUUGUAUGUGCCACAGUCAUGGCUGGGGAACUGUCUCUCAUGUCUGCCUUGGCUGCUGGUCAUCUGGUAAAGAGUCAUCUUCGUCACAACAGGUCAAACUUGGGUAUGCCUUCACCGAUGCCAUCACCCGUUCCAUCGCCACGUUCCUCGCCCCCGACAUCACCAAUCACGACUAUCAAAGAAGGCCGAGAAUUGCAGUCGCCAAUCAGCCACAUCAGGGAAACACUGCUCAGUUCGCGGCCCCCGCGCCUCACAGUGAGACGAGCAUCGUCACCUCCACAGAUAGGAACGCAUCUGCUAAGCAAAGACACUGUUCGGGUGGAAGCAAGGAAAAAAUCUGCAGAAAAAGAGCCAGGAACCUGCACUUUUAAUGCUUCAUAGAAUUGGAGAAGUGACUGUCGGCAUAAUGUGCUAGUGGCAUAGACAUUUCAUAUGAACUGUGAUAAAUUCUUUAAUCCCAUGGCCAAGGUCCAUGUUAAAGGCCCAGGGUCAAAGGCUUAGUAUUUCUGUAUACCCGGUACUGUAAUCCAUGAAAUGUUUGCAAUUUUGGUCAUCAUGAUUUCUAAUAUCAUGGCAUAUUAAGAGGUGAAAUGCAGAAGUGCAGUGGAAUAGUUUGCUCACUCAACAAAGGUUGGGUGUCUUCUGGAAAUCAUUGACAGUGACAGUACAGCUGAACAUCUCCUUAGCAAACACCUGUGUUAGCAGGACACUCUCUAUUAGGACGCUUGAUUUGGUCCCACAUUGGGCAUUUCCAUUCAUUUCAACCUCUAUUAUCAGGACACAUCUCUUUCAAGGACAUGUUUUGUUAGUUCGAACAGUGUCCCUAAUUUAGAGGUUCUACUGUACAAUGUCACUGGAUGGUAUUUUCAAACGCUGAGUGAUUAAAGAGCGAUUUGCUUGAAUCCUUUCACCUACAUGUUUGGCUAGAAAUAAUCAUCUGUGAAGAAAUGCAAGUAAAAUAUGCCUUUGUUUAAGAUGUUUAAGUAAAUCAUGUAUUCUAUAGUGAUGCCACUUUCUUUUUUGAUUGAUGGUAUUAAAGAGAAGGAUGACAGUUUUCCCCUUGCUAAUGUUAAAACUGGUGGAAUUGUGUAUUGAUUUCAUUCAUGAUGAAACUGUGAGGGGAUUUCUGCUAUUAUACAGAUAAGUUGUAACUUACAAGUAUCAUAUACAUUUGUGUGCUGGCUAUGUUAAUUGAAUCGAUAUCUACUUAAUUAAUAAGCUCGUACGUGACCGAUAGUAAAUCAAAGGUGACAAUACAUAUUUAGUUGUGUAGUUGUCUUUCCCAUGCCCAAUGCCCUGGGUGAGAUUUCGAGGCAGAAUGUGUAUGUCAAAGAAUACAGCUACCAACUGUGUGUCUCUUUUUCAGGAAUGACCGUAGGGCUUGCAUUAUUACUGUGCUGUGAUUAAAUAAUGUUACACUGUUUUCUGAUUGGUGAGUUGGCCCUGUAAAUGAUGUAUCAAGGUUCUGGGCUUCAAGUUUCGACUACUGGGGGGGGGGGGGGGCAUCUUGAGCCAUCUAUGGAGAUGAGAUAAGAAUUUGAUGACGUACAGACUUGUCAGUUGACCAAAGCAUUUGUAAUCCUCAAGUAUUCUACAAAUAUGCAUUUUUUUGUAACACUAAAAAUCAGCUGAACUUUUAAAUUGGUAAUUGGACUAUUGAAAUACAUACAGGUAUUGUAUAGCCAGUGUACGCAUGUCCGUCUGAUUCGGAAUUGUUGACAUGUGUGAUGUUGUUGAAUAGAAAGUACAACAUUUUUGCGAAAUGCAUUGCUCGGAAACUUAGAACUACAGUACCCGGUACAUUGUAUAUCUGAUGGAAUCGCAAAAUUAUUUUGACACUGCUCAAACUUUGAGCUCUAACUUCAGUAUGUAGUUGUGGACAUCUGCAGAAUUUCUGCAGUAUAUUGAAGGAAAAAAAGAAAAUAAAUACAGUAGAACUUGGUAGGCACCGACACGUGAUGGCCUGUGUUAUUGAUGGUGCAAUGAUUACAUGAAUCAGUUGUAUUUGAUGUGAUCUAACAUUGGUUGCCUGAUAAGGUGUCAUCCUCAAGGAGGUAUCUAAAAGGGAGAAAGGUUCUACUGUUCUUAUUACAUCUUACUAAUUAUAUCUUGAUUCAAAUCUCAAAAACGAAGAAUCAGUGUUGUCAGGUAUCAUUUUAAUGUGUCUGCAAUCAGUGCCAAAGAGUAAACUUGCAUUAGAUUAAUUGGGGUCAAGCAUCCAAAACUUCUGUACCUGAACUGAACUGAACACUACCGGGUUCAUCUAGCUUGGGUAACAAGUGUAGAUUCAAGUGCAUUUAUUACUGUCAUUUACCACCUGGUAGCCAGGUACAAGGUAUGGUUACCUGGCAAUUAUUACUUCUUCUGAACUAGAUGUCUUGAGAGUUGUUGGCGGCUUUGAAACAGUGCCCAAACAUUGCACUUCUAGCUGUGUCAUAGAAAUGCAAGGAAAUAUCCUUGUGAAGUACUGCUUAUUGAUCAGGUACAACUGUACAUUUAUGUAAUUUUGUAUGCUAAUGUGAUUCUAUUUAUGAAAGAGGUGUAAACACCGUAAAUAACAAUCUUUAUGAAUGAAA